AUGCAGCAAAAAACAGUAACAAAACUCGCAGUUUUGUACAUUUACAACGACAAACUUCGCCUGAUUUUGAAAUCAGUCUGGUAUGAAUUUUGGCCGUCUUACACAGCCGGUCGGGAAAUAAACACGAAACUAGAAACGUACAACAAAAUUGUAAUUGUUAGCUUUCUAACAAUCCUAAUUAGCGGGAUUUGCUUCGCUUUUGGGUUCUUAAGCUCGCCGCUCAUUUCCGGUGAAAGAAUUCUACCAUUCGAGACUGUUUAUCCGUUCGAUUGGACCAAAAGUCCGUAUUAUAAAAUUAUCUACGUUACGGAAUAGAUAACAAACAUUGCGUUCAUCCUCAAUGCCGUGGAUCAGUUUACACUUUUGAGGGAGCAUUUUGGUUAUUUGGGUACGAAAAAUGUGGACCAAAUUAUUAAAAAACUGGGUCAUGACACUAACAUCGAGCCAAAUCGCCAAUUGUUGCGAAUCUUCAUCAUCCAUCACGUCCGAGUGACUGAAAUUUGCAAAGAAAUUGCUGAAAUUUUUAGUUUCAGCUGUUUUGUUCAAAGUGAAGAAAGAUAUUUUUUUGUACUUUAAAGGGCACAAAAGGACGUUGAAAUUUUGGCGAUGGGAGUCAGUGUUUUGGAUUAUCAAACUUUUAUUCAGGUUUUGAGACUGUCGUUUUCGUUUUACACAAUGCUGAGCAAAGUUACAGAUCACUGA